AUGGUUGAUACGGCUUCUCUGCCUAGCUCGGGUGCGAAGAGCGAGAAUGGUGGGGGGGUGGUUGAUCCGUUGGAGAGGUUACCGCCGGAACAGAGGGAGGCGGUGUUGGCGCAAUCGCGGUUACCGGAAGUCACGGUGAACUACAAAAAACUCUACUCGCUCGCCACGCCGUUCGAUUGGCUCCUCCUCGUAGUCGGGACGUUGUGUGCGAUUGCAGCUGGUGCUGCGUUACCGUUGAUGACCAUCGUCUUCGGUGGCCUCACGAACUCUUUCUCGAAUUAUUUCGUGCCUGGGGCCGAUACGAGUGGGUUUCAAGGAACGGUGAAUCAUUAUUCGCUUUACUUUCUCUAUAUCGCCAUCGGGGUGUUUUUCACGACAUACAUCUACACAUGCUCCUUCCUCAUCACCGGCGAGAACAUCACUCGCCGUAUCCGCGAGAAAUAUUUACAGUCGAUCUUGAGGCAAAACGUCGCUUAUUUCGAUGUGCUGGGAGCGGGUGAGGUUACGACCCGGAUUACCUCGGAUAUGAAUUUGAUCCAAGACGGUAUAUCCGAGAAAGUCGGCGUGUCGAUUUCGGCCGUCGCGACAUUCUUCUCGGCAUUCGUUAUCGCAUUCAUCAAAUCCUGGAAACUCACUCUCAUUCUCUUUUGUAUCAUCCCCUCGAUCCUGUUCAUUAUCGGGUCUAUGUCGAAACUCGCAGCAAAGUUCACGACUCAGGCGUUGAACGCGUACUCACAAGGCGGAACACUGGCAGAGGAAGCCAUCUCCUCCAUCCGCGCCGCACAAGCCUUUGGUAUCCAAGAUCGUCUGGCAAACCUCUACGCCUCGCACCUCUCCCUCGCCGAAGGAUUCGGGAUGAAGAAAGCUGCGGCGAAUGGUGCGAUGUAUGGUGGUAUGUUUUUCAUUAUCUACUCUGCCUACGGUCUCGCGUUCUGGGAGGGAUCGAGGUUGUUGGUGCGCGGAGAGGUUGAUACGGGUAUCGUCGUCAAUGUGUUUUUCUCGGUGUUGAUUGGGGCGUUCAGUCUUGGUAAUCUCGCGCCGAAUUUACAGGCGUUUAGUUAUGCCGUUGGAGCUGGAAAAAAGAUUUUCGAAGCUAUCGAGCGUGUGCCGUCGAUUGAUUCUUUGAGUGAUGAGGGUGUUAUUCCGCAGGGUGAGGUGAGGGGUGAUAUUGAUUUGGAGGGUGUGACGUUCGUGUAUCCCGCUAGGCCAGAGGUGACGGUCAUGGAGGAUUACUCACUCCACAUCCCGAGUGGGAGAACGACUGCACUCGUUGGAUCUUCGGGAUCGGGGAAGAGCACCAUCGUCGGUCUCAUCGAACGCUUUUAUGAUCCGUGUGCGGGGAGGGUGUUGAUCGAUGGACAUGAUAUCAAGACCCUCAAUGUGAAGUGGUUGAGGACGCAUUUGUCGUUGGUGAGUCAGGAGCCGACGUUGUUUGCUACGUCAAUUUAUGAGAAUGUGGCGUAUGGACUCAUUGGGACCAAGUAUGAAGAUGCGGAGGAGGUGGUGAAGAGGGAGAUGGUCGUUAAAGCAUGUAUCCUCGCCAAUGCGGAUGGAUUUGUCAGGCAGUUGACGGAGGGGUAUGAUACCAUGGUCGGCGAACGCGCAAUGCUCCUCUCCGGUGGACAGAAACAGCGAAUCGCGAUCGCCCGCGCAGUAGUGUCCGAUCCGAAAGUCUUAUUGUUGGACGAGGCGACGAGCGCGUUGGAUGCGAGUAGUGAGGGGAUUGUUCAGGAUGCGUUGGAUAAAGCUAGUGUUGGAAGGACCACGGUGGUAAUCGCGCAUCGCCUCGCUACGAUUCGGAAGGCGGAUAAUAUCGUCGUUAUGGCGCAGGGAAAGAUCUUGGAGCAAGGUACGCAUGAUUCGUUGUUGGAGAUGGGGGGGACGUAUGCCCGUCUCGUCGAUGCGCAGAGGUUGGGGACGGAGGAGAAGGAGAGGGGGGAGGAGGAUGUGGAGCAGGAUGAGGUUGAGGAGAGGAUUGAGGAGGGGUUGGGGUUGGUGAAGACAAGGACGCACCAGAGUGUUGCGUCGCAGGUCCUCGCGAACAAGAAGGGUGAGGAAGGGAGACAUUAUGGGACGUGGGAAUUGAUAAAGAGGAUUGGUGCGUUUAAUAAGAGGGAGGCGCCUAUUAUGUUUUUGGGGUUGGUUGCGAGUGUGGUUGGUGGUGGUGCUUAUCCAGCACAAGCCAUCAUCUUUGCGCAUUUGAUUGAGGUGUUGUCGUAUCAGGAUUACAACCGCCUCCGCAACCGCGCCGAUUUCUUCUCGUUGUGGUGGUUGAUCAUCGCCAUCAUCGAGUUGUUUGCGUAUGCGCUCAUGUCUUCCAUGUUUGGGUAUUGUUCGGAGAAGAUGGUGAGGAGGGUCAGGGAUCAGAGUUUUAGGGCGAUGUUGAGGCAGGAUAUCUCGUUUUUCGAUAAAGAAGAGAAUUCGACGGGUGGGUUGACGUCGAUGUUGUCGACGGAUGCCACGAAGCUCGCCGGGUUGUCGGGGACGACGUUGGGUACGUUGCUCAUUAUCGCGACGAAUUUGAUUUCGGGGUGUAUCCUUGCCCUCGUCGUUGGAUGGAAAUUGGCGUUGGUGGCGAUUGCGACGUUGCCGCUCCUUGUUGGAUCUGGGUUCUUGAGGAUGAACAUGUUGGCCAAGUUCCAGGAUAAGAUGAAGGGUGCCUACAACAAAGCUGCGCAGACUGCUUGCGAGGCGACGAGUGCGAUUAGGACUGUUGCGUCGUUGACGAGGGAGCAGCAUGUUUGGGAUAUGUACCAUGAUUCGCUGGAGGGACCUGCUCAAGCGGCGUUGAUAUCGACGUUAAAGAGUACGGUAUGGUUCGCUGCGUCGAGUGCUAUCACUUUCUGCUGUAACGGCCUUGCGUUCUGGUAUGGAGCUACGCUCAUCAGGACCGAAGGCUACAGUUUGAUUACGUUUUUUAUUUGUUUCACGGCCAUCACCUUCGGUUCGCAGUCUGCUGGGCAGGCGUUCACUUUUGCACCGGAUAUGACGAAGGCUAAGGCUGCUGGUGCGAGUGUCAUGGGUCUUCUUGACCGCACGCCUGAGACUGAUACGUGGUCGGAUGAGGGCAAGAGGGUUGACCAGAUCGAGGCGGGUUACAUCGACUUCAAGAACGUGCAUUUCAGGUAUCCUACGAGACCUGAGGUUCCUGUGUUGCGUGGAUUGAACUUGAAGGUGAAGCCUGGUCAGUUCAUUGCUUUGGUCGGUCCGUCUGGAUGUGGUAAGUCCACUACCAUCGGAUUGAUCGAGAGGUUUUAUGAGCCACUUGCUGGUCAUGUCCAGGUAGAUGGUAUUGACAUCUCGACAUACAACGUCAACGACUACCGUCGCAGCUUGGCGCUCGUGUCUCAGGAGCCUACCCUGUACGCUGGUUCUGUCAAGUUUAACGUCACCCUUGGUGCUAUUCAUGAUGUCACGGACGAGGAGAUUCAGCAAGCUUGUCGUGAUGCCAACAUCCAUGACUUUAUCAUGUCUCUGCCGAAUGGCUACGAUACACUCGUUGGAAACAAGGGAUCUUCCAUGUCUGGCGGUCAGAAGCAGCGUAUCGCUAUCGCUCGUGCCCUCAUCCGAAACCCGAAGAUCCUUCUCCUUGACGAAGCCACUUCAGCUUUGGAUUCGGAGUCCGAGAAGGUUGUCCAGGCUGCCUUGGACAAGGCUGCUAAGGGACGCACAACCAUUGCUAUUGCUCACCGCUUGGCCACCAUUCAGAAGGCCGACAUGAUCUACGUCAUCUUCGAAGGUCGGGUAACUGAGAAGGGGACGCACGAGGAGCUGCUUGGAUUGCACGGCCGUUACUAUGAGAUGGCUAUGCAGCAACAGUUGGAGAAGUUGGGUGCUUCGGGAUUGUAA